GCAGCUCAAAUGUUCGAGAGCAAUUAUCUGCAAAGUGGAACAAAAGAAAAUCAUUGGACUUUAACUUCUUCCAUACUUUUUGCUACCACCACUGUUAUACCCGUUGGUUAUGGCUUCAUCACGCCAAUUACUGAAACUGGUCGAUUGAUUCUCAUCAUAUAUGGUCUUAUUGGUGCUCCUUUGCUUAUAGUUACUAUAACUGAUAUUGGCAAAUUCUUUUCGUCUUAUUUGAUGCAUUUCAUACCUGAAGUACAUCCUUAA